AACUACGGUGGUAUGCUUCUGCGUGCCUUGUUUGAGCACUGGUCACGAUCGUUCUCGGAAAUUGACGAAGAAUCGCCAACGCAUCGUUUCAAUUCAGUUCCUGAACACACGCCGCUUAUCUUAUGUGAAUCAACGGGUCGUCCAAUAUUUCGAUUGGUUGUUCGCGAUGCAGCCAACGAAACAGAAUCGCUGAUGUUGUCAGAUUACGUUCCGCAAUGGGUCGUUGAUGUGGUCGAGCGCAAUCAGCUGCCCAAAUUCAACAAAAUGCCAUUCUUCUUAUUACCACAUCCAUCGCUCGGCAUUAAGGCACCGAAAAAGGAUCGUUUGAGUGCCACCGAAAUGCUACAAGUGCGCAAAGUGAUGGAGCAUGUCUUCGAAAAGAUUUUGAACGUUGUCGGUGAACCGAAUUUCACUGAGAAUGGCGGUGGUGCAGCCACACAGUUGUUACCGCCGUCGAUACCGGCCAAUAUUGAAGAGCGAAUCGAACUCUAUUGCCAAGAUCAGAAAUUAGAUCCUGAAAUGGAUUUGAGGACAGUAAAGCACUUCAUCUGGAAGCAAGGCGGAGAUCUACUUUUGUACUAUAAGCCAAUACGGUGA